AUGACCUCGGACAACCGACCUAAAGACGAGAUCGAGGUUCUCCAUGAGGCGCAGAAUGUGCUCCUCAAGGAUAGUAUCGUCGACGCGUCAGUUGUCGCACGCGGAGUCGAACAAGUCACCCGCUUCCCAGAUGCGUCGAAGAAGGUCAUAGCAAACUACACCGAGACCAUCAUCUCUGGUGAAUCCAGAAAGAAGGACUCGAGCGUAAAAUUUCGAUCCGAAGACAAGAGUCAGCGCUCCGAGAUAAAGUUAUACCAAGGCUCCAAGAACACAGCACAGAAGAAUAGUGUAGUCACAGUCCGGGUUGUGAGUGAUAAAGAACAAGAUAAUGGAAAUAUCAGUUGGUGUGAGAGCACGAAGAAUGUAACAGUGGACGGCGGUAGUCAAACCUUCAGCGUUGGAGAGAAACAGUAA